AUGAACGAUAACAUCUCAGCCGAUAAUGGCGCUUCUCACAGGCACCCUUCCAUGCGGUCCCAUCCGCCAAAGAGCGCCCUGUUCCCCCUCCAUGGUCUUCUUUGAGCUCGCAGAUCGAAGAGAGAAGGGAAAGGAGGGAGGGGAAGAAGGAGGGGCAGCCUUGUGCAGCAUCGAGGGGCGGCUGAGGUUCUUUCUCUGCCUUCUACGCCUCAAGUCGAUGAGUUGACUGAGCGGCAUCGUCGCGUCUGUCCUUCCUGAGGUACGCCAGAAGGGACAGAAAGAAGGCCAAUUCGCCAUCGGUGCCGCCCUCAUGUGCUCUGUGUGUUUGUGCGUCAGGGGGGGACCGUGAGCAUCGCUUAUCAGCUGCUGCCCCAGAGAAGGCCUUGGAGUUCUCAUCGCAGCGGACGGCAGAGAGAGCAGCCGCUGAGUCAGAUCUACAGCUAGCCAUGGAGGACUGUAGACAGGUGAGGCGACCACAGCACCGCCUGCAAUCGAUGGCGCAUUUCAACCGACCAUUGUCGAUUGUGUGUUUGGUGUAUGGGUGCAGGUUAAAAGGUCUCGCCCUGGGAGCGACGCACCGGCUGCUUCUUCAUCGGCUGCAGCUGCAGCGGAUGGUGGUUCUGCGAGUGCGAGUGAUGAGGCGCGGCAGCGGCGGGAGGAGAGGGAACGGCGCAUCUUCUGGGGGAAUGCGCCUGUGAGCCAACCGCACGUACAAGGACAUACACACUCUGAUAGGUAUUCACAUCUCUUGCCUUUCCGUGUGCUGUGUGCAGCCCGAAAUUCGGAGCUUCAUCAUGGCCUUCCCCUCCCCAUCCAUCUGCUGAUCCUGCUGCCGCCUCUGACGUGGCAGCACGCCGCCCGCAAGCAGCACCACCUCACCAUCAG